AUGACAGCAGAGCUGACUGACAUCGCCAAGCUGCCCAACCUGGUCUACCUGAACCUGUCGUCCAAUAAGCUCCGCAGUCUGCCCGCCGAACUGGGCAACAUGGUCUCUCUCAGGGAAUUGCUUUUAAACAAUAAUCUUUUACGAGUUCUGCCUUACGAACUUGGAAGGCUUUUCCAGUUACAAACCCUCGGGCUAAAAGGAAAUCCUUUGUCCCAAGACAUCCUCAAUUUGUACCAGGAGCCAGAUGGAACCAGAAAGCUUUUGAACUACAUGCUCGACAAUCUAGCAGUGCACCCAGAGCAGCUCCCCCAAAGACCUUGGAUCACUCUGAAAGAGCGAGACCAAAUGAUCCCCACCGCUGUGUUCACGGUUAUGUGCUACAACGUGCUGUGCGACAAGUAUGCCACGCGACAGCUGUAUGGUUACUGUCCAUCCUGGGCCUUAAACUGGGAGUACAGGAAGAAGGGAAUCAUGGAGGAAAUCACCAGCUGUGACGCUGACAUCAUCAGCCUACAGGAGGUGGAGACGGAGCAGUACUACAUGUUGUUUCUGGAAACACUAAAGGAGCGCGGCUAUGACGGCUACUUCUGUCCAAAAUCUCGUGCCAAACUGGUUUCAGAACAGGAGAGGAAACAUGUGGACGGCUGUGCCGUGUUCUUCAAGACUGAGAAGUUCACUUUGAUCCAGAAACACACUGUGGAGUUCAAUCAGGUAGCCAUGGCUAACUCUGAGGGUUCAGAGGUCAUGCUGAACAGAGUGAUGACCAAAGACAACAUCGGGGUGGCCGUGCUGCUCGAGGUCAAUAAGGACAUGUUCUCCGGGGGCAUGAAGCCGCCUCAGGAGAGGCAGCUCAUCCUGGUGGCCAACGCCCACAUGCACUGGGACCCCGAGUACUCGGACGUCAAGUUGAUCCAAACCAUGAUGUUCCUGUCAGAGUUAAAGAGCAUUGCUGAGAGGGCCUCGGGCUCUGUGGCAACGGGAUCACCGACCUCUGACCCGUCCUCAAUCCCCAUCGUCCUGUGCGCUGACCUCAACUCGCUGCCUGACUCCGGUGUGGUGGAGUAUCUGAGCGACGGAGGAGUGGCCGAGAACCACAAGGACUUUAAGGAGCUACGCUACAGCGAAUGUCUGACCAACUUCAACUGCAACGGCAAGAACGGAAACUCGGAUGGAAGCAUCACACACAGCUUCCAGCUCAAGAGCGCCUACGACAGCAAUCUGAUGCCUUACACCAACUACACAUAUGACUUCAAGGGUGUGAUCGACUACAUCUUCUUCUCCAAGACCCACAUGAGCGUACUGGGCAUGCUCGGACCGCUCGACAGCCAGUGGCUCAUAGACAACAACAUCACGGGCUGCCCCCACCCGCACAUCCCCUCGGACCACUUCUCCCUGCUGGCCCAGCUGGAGCUGCACCCUCCCCUGCCCCACCCGCUCAACCCCCUCAACGGGCUGCACCUGCCGGUCCACAGGUAGUGCACCCUGAGAAUGAGAGAGAGCGCCCCUUUUUACCUCACCUUUUAAACACUGUCCCACCUCCUCCCUCCAGCUUUAUACAGGACCCUGUACAGUUCACGUUAAACUCGGACACCAUCUGACCGCCUCUAACCCCAAAAGGAGUGAAGUAUUUGCCCCGGGUGUUGCUCCUUUUUAUGUUUUUGCACACUGUAUAUUUUCUUUCUUUUCUCCCCUUGAAAAGGCUUGAUACCAAAUGUUGGGCUUGGGAUGAAGUAUUUCCCAACGUCUGUUUUGUUGUUUUGUUUUUGUUUUUUUUGAUUAGUUGUAAUCAUGGCCGCUUAAAGAUUCUACAAUAACAAACUAAUACAAACGACUGUUUAAGGUAAAGCUGCUACACAAACGUAAGCAUCAUUUCACACAGCUGUGAAAUUUUUAGAGUACAGACACGUGAUCGUAUUAAUGCUGCACAGUUUAUAGAGCUGAAAGCUGCUUUCACUCCCAGAUUAACUGACAGGUAUUUAAUUGAACGGGGGGGUCAACACUACAAAAAGAAAAACCUCAACCUUUUGAAUGUUAUAGGAGAAUGUAGAAGGAUUGUUUCUGUUGGUAAUUGUUUUGCAAAAAGGUCCUUAUUUGAGUUUCAAAAAACUAAUUUGAUAAUAAGCGGGGAAAUGGGUGCAAAUUUUUAAGGAUAAAAUGUGCAAGCUGGGUGUUUUUUAAAAGUAAUGCUAUUUAGCAUGGAGGUAUGCGUCAUCCUGGAUCCAUGUUUAGAAUUAGGCCCAUGUCACUCAGCAUUGUAUGAAUUUCUUUCACUUUACCUCGGUGCGGUACGUCUUUUAUAAAAGUGUUUUCUUUUUGCAAAGGCUUUUGUUCUCUGCAGCUCUGAAGUAAUAAAACAAUCAGUUGUUCGAAUAUUUUUCUAAGCCUUGCAGGCGGAUUUGCUCAGACACUGCCUUUUUCCUGACAUCCACAAACAGUCCGCUUCACAGUUUUGAGCUUUUCAUGCUGUGAUUUUUUUUUUUUAAACCCCUGAUCUGCCUGGCCAAAGAAUCCCCCGCAGCAAGUGACAUGUCCUCCGUCAGUAAUAAGACCUUUAUUUAUCGGUGCCAGAGAGAAAACGUAUAUCGUUUAAUGUUUUAGUCAAUGUUUCCUGACCAAGAGGCUGAAUGUAUUUACUAAAAAUGCUCGCUAUGAAUUUGGUUCUCGGAGCCGAUUAAUGCCAGAUCCCUGUGGACUCUAAACUUUGUGUAUUUGUGUCAGAUGAUUAGAAGGAAUAGCUCUUUAUUCUGUAAGUCGUAACUCAGGGCUAUGCUAUGCAUCCAGCAGCACCUUUCACACUAAAGACUCUCAGAGUCAUGUCGUACGAGCAAAACCAAACAGGAAGCUACUGUUCUGAAAAAGCACAGGUAAUGUAUGUGUUUGCAUACGGAUAUGCUGUUGUUCAUCUUGUCGUUAUAGAAGUCCCAGGUCUUUGUGCAUUUUUGAUAAAAUACUGAUGCACUUUUACUCCUAACCUGGGAAAAUCGCAUUUGUCCUAGUUUUAGAAGAAACAAAUAGAGCAUAUUUGGUCAGUUUUAAUUGAAUAAGAAUUUAGUUUGCUUUAAGGCCUUUAGAGAGGCUGACGCGAUGAAUGAUAAGGGAUCGGACUGGGUGUCAGUACUACAUGUUUUCAGUGCCAGUACAAAGAAAAUGAGAAAUUAUUUUUUAAGAUGGAGAGGGAGGAACAUAAAUGUUUUGGAGUUUUUCCUCAAAGAAAUCUCACAUGAUUAAACCAGCAGCUGCAAAUCCACACACUAAAAUCUGCAUCCUGUUUAUUAUGGGAACUUUGCUCUAGUCUCUGCCCUUUUUAACUCGUUGUGUGAUUUCUGUCAGCUGUUAAAGUCUUAAAACAGAAUAUCACUCUUUCAAUACACUGCUCACAAUUCAGCUAUGCAAACUGAGACAAGUGGACAUGGCUUGUAUUAAAGUGGAUGUUAUGUGUUUCCAGCUCAAUCUACCAGAGUAGCUUUGUAUGAUUACUGUUCAGAAUAAUCCUUAUUUAUCUUACACUGGGCCUUACUGCAGCCUCUUAGUUCCUCUUCUGUUUGAAACGACCAGUUUUAGCUCCUCUCUCAUUCAGACCCGGGUUCUCAAAGUACGGCAUGUGGACCAGUGGGGGCUCGUAGUAACAAGGAAAAUUAAAGUACAUGUAAAGUGUUCAUAAAGAGGCACAGAGGAGAGUUUUAACCCUUCUGUUGUAUCUGUCAUAACAGACACUGUUGGUGCCAAGAAAUAUCACCUCAUUAAAUACCAUUAAAUUUAAAAACCAGGACAAAAAUAAUAAACCUAACUAUCUAAAUGUGUCUGUGCAGCCCCAUACUCUUCCUAGUUUAAGACCACCCACUCUUUAAGUCAGCUUUCUUCUGAUUGGCCGCCCCUCUGAAACUGCAGCUAGGUGGGGACUCUGUGUCUCAGAUGACCAAAUUAAGGAUAUCCAUCUUUUGGCCUCAUACAGACCUAAGAGUAGAAAAAAAACUAAUCUUAGUGUCGCCACUCAGCUGUUUAGCUCCCUUCCCCCUUCUCUUCAAGUCAAAUUUCUUCUGAUUAGUUGCCCCUCAAAACCUGCAGGUGCCAGUAUGACCUUAUUUGGCACUUCCUCUCUAUUUAGCUUCAUAAAGAAACGAGAGUUAUAAAAACUGUCUGAAGCAGAGCAUCAGAGCAGUAUGAAGCACGGGAUUUAAGCUCACGUAGCUCAUGUACAUAUGCUGACUUCAUUAUUUGAAACCUUGGACAUACUUACUAUGUACAUUGUGUCCUAUUAUCUUAUUUUUUUCCCUCAUUUCUACACUGGAACAGGAAAAGUUUAAAAGAUUGGGAACCACUGGUCUGAACACAGAAAAGUUAAGCUUAGUUAAAUCAGAAACCAUCUGAUUUCAAAGAAUGAAUUCAAAACAUCUGAUAUUAAAAACCAGCUUUUUCUACACAUUUUAACUGGUGCAGCAUGAUGGUUGACACUCAGUCCUGUCUGUGCAGGCAGAUGUGCCUCUUAGUGAUAAACAUAUCUGGCACAUUUCGCACUGUAGUGUGUAGUAAACCUGGAUUAGUUGAACCAGUCAAAGCUUUUCCUGUGUUUGAAAGCCAUAAUUCUGGGAUACGUGGCGUCGGCACAGCGCGGCGUGUGACCGUGUAGCUGCAGCUUUAAAUCGCAGGUUCUUCACUUUUACUGGCCUUCUGUUGCACAUGAUUUAACGCUAAGGAGUUCACCUCUGGGUUCGGUGGAUUCGAUCCCGGUGAGCAUUUAGAGGCCUAUACUUCACUCCUGAACUAACCUCACAGGGUUUUUAUUUCCUGGUUUUUGUACCACAGCUGUACAUAAAUGAAUCUGUCUUUGAUGACGGCAUGUCUUUCACAUCUGUGAGGGGAAUGUACCAUUCUCCUGAUAAAGGGGCGUAAAAUUUUCUCACAAUUCAAACGUGUACUUGGUGUUGUAAUUUUCUUCUAAAGAUCUCGUGUGAAUACCACCUCCACAUUUGUCUCUGAUGCUCUUGUAGAGACUGGACGGGUCUCUGUUUCCAGCUCUUGUUUUUGAACUACGGGCAUUUUCUGUCUCCAACAUGCAGUCUUUCAAUUAGUACUUUGUACUACUCAGUAUUACCAACAUUUUUUUUUUUUUUUUUUGGAGAAAAACCAUAAAUAUUCUAGGUUUAAAAGCAGCUCGUCUAUAUGGGUUUUAUUUCUCCAGUGUCAUCUCAAAGCCUCACUUGCUUCUUUUGUUUUCCUGUCAUUUCUGCUUUCACACACAUUAAACACCAGUUACGUUCGCAUUUAUUCCACAACAAUACCAAACUGUCAUCACCUGAAAGCAGUUCACUUGUUAAUUUUGUCUCUGUAGAUGCACCUCAUACACUUUUUCUACAAACAAUGUGCCUAGUUUGUACAGUUUCUCCAACAGCAACACUGCCCAUGAGACCAAGACCCUCAGAGAUUAACCCAGCACCAUCGCCCAGCCAACACCCUUCGAUCCAUCCUUCCAUCCCUCCAAGCCAACUUUUCAUGUGGUGAGAUUGUGGGAGGAAUUCAGGACUUUCUUUCCCUUCAGUUUCUGUUACGUUAUGUAAAACGGUCACUCUCACUUGUUUGUGGUUUCCUUGCUAGGACAAAGAUCAUCACAAGCAUCACGUGGAGUUUCUGAACGUAGAAAUCCUGAUGUUUGAUGUCUGGCUGUAGUUGAUUUUUAAUUUUUGUUCCACUGUUAAUUCAAACUGUCUCGGCUACUGCCCAUUAGUCUUUGGUGGUGAAUACGAUGCCUGGCGAUAGUAACUGGGGGAAACACGCAGACGUUUUAAUUUCAUUGUCAUGUUUGUACUCUGAAUUUUAUGGCUGUAGGCCAGCUCGCUGCAGAAUCUCUACACAGAAUUUAAGAAAUACGACUAAUGAAAAAUGGCAUUAUGGACGAGUAUGUUCAUUAUAUCGAUUAAAGGGGACCUAUUAUGCUUAGUCCUAAUCCAGUCCACUCUGGAGCAUCUUCAGGUGGAUUGCAGUUCAAAGUAAUCUUUAUUUACAUCAUGUUUAGCCUUGAUGCAGCAACUCAGGUAUUUUAGCUCCCUUUAAGCCCGUUUUCUACUGAUUGGGUGCCCCUCAUCAGCUGCAAGUGGGCGGGGCUUCUGUGCCUGAGAUGACCAUAUUAGGUAUAUUCACUUUCUCUGCCAUCAUAUAGACCCAAGAAUAGGAAAACAGGAUGUUUGCAUCAGUCUGAAGCCUGAACUUGUAUUGUACACACUCUGACCUCAUUAUUACAGACUUUGGACAUGUUGAGCAUGAACAUUGGAUCAGUACAGAGAUGGCAGACAGACAGGAAAAAGCAGAAUCGGUCUCCUUUAAUUCACUGUGGAAAAUUAAUUAAGAAAGAAUUAAUUAAGAAAGUCAGAAGCUCAACAGAUUUUCAAAGCUGAAGAGCAAAUUUCAUUUUUCAAAUCCAAAUUUUAGAAAAUUUAAAUAAUGACAAAAAC